AAAAAGAAAGGAGGAAGCUUUAGAGAAUGCUUGCUAACUAUGUUAACGAGAGAUGCUUCUUCGUCCAGAUCCGGUACCAAAGAAUCAGGAAACUGGAUCGAAGCUCCUCAGAAAGAAGAAGAAGAUCAGGACAAGAAUGUGCAAAAAGAUAACUACUUUCUCACAAAUGUUUAAGAUUUGAUCAUUCACACACAAAAAAAAAUAAAACAACAACAAAUGAACUGUCUUUUUUUUUUUUUUUGCUUU